CGUCAAGCUGUGCCUGCCGGAACAACCUACCGCUAAGCAAGCCCUUGCUUCUGCUGCCCUUCCCGACCGUGGCCAUGGCGGAAGAAGCGCGAAUCGGUCCCUCUGAUCCCCGCCCGACAACUCUAACCGCUAAUGGAUCUCUCAAACCCCAGGUAGCUGAUAUUUCUGGCUUCACGAUGCCUCGUGAACUAAUGUCACCUGGAAUGGCCCCUAUACUCAAUCCAGAGUACAACGAAAAUGGUGCAGGAAUUUAUGCUAUUCAGUGUCUUCCAUAUAUGAGUCCAUUGGCUGGCUUUUCUCCUAAGACUCUUAUUCCGUUGAAAUACAACAUACCUACGAGGCAAAGUGCAGGUGGAACUACAAAUGAACAUGGGCAGGAAGCAGCGCACCAACAUGGAGUUCAAAGACAACCUGUAGUAAGGAGAGUUCUAGUUGCAUUUCAGCUUGACUUGGGUCUGAUCAUCAAGUUGGCAGCGAUGGUUUUUCUUUUUAGCCAGGAUGGAUCACCGCAGAACUUUGUUCUUCUUAUUUUCUUUGCGUCGUUUGUAUACCUGUAUCAAACUGGAGCCUUGGCUCCAUUUAUAAGAUGGUUUCAGCAAGCAGGAGCCCCUCGUCGACAUCAUGCUCCUCUAGUGCAGCAGAAUGGCCAACCUGUGGUUCGUGACCUUCACAAUAAUCCUCAACCUGUUGCAGGUGCAAAUAAUCAAGAUCAACCUACCCAAAACCCGGAACAAGUCGAUGACAACCAGAAUCCUCCCCAGCCUGAGCCACCUGGGAACAAGUAUUGGCGACUGGUGAAAGAGAUCCAGGUGUUUGUUGUUGGAUUCUUAACUUCACUUCUUCCAGGUCACCAUAACAAUGAUUAAACUCCAUCCAUCAUCACCACUCAAAUCAACCACAGGCGAUGAGAUUUAAGACGAACAAACAUCAGCAAAAGGGCGUCAAAGGUUUUUAUUUGUUUUAUCUCUUGUCUGUCUUUCAUAAAUUGAAAUAAAUUGUCAUGUAAUAUAUCUCGAGGGGAAAAAAGAUUAUUUGUUGUGCAUUUCACAUGUUUGGAAUUUGCUAAGCUCUAGUAUAGGAGUAGAGAGUAUGUUUAAUGUAGUGAAAUGCAUAGAAAAGAGCAAGAACAGAGGAUGGAGUAACAAGCAUGGACUUAUAAAGAGCUCAACACCCUACAAAGAAAUGACGAAGGGGCCAACAUAGAUGUUGAUGAUGUUCAAUCUAUCAAAAGGCGAUACUGCAGUCCCUGCAAAUGUCGAUGUGCUCAUAGAAGGAAACAGGUAAACACGAGAAAGAAGACGAGACUUCUAUGCUCAUUUUUCGCAAGAUCCUGAGUUUUGCAUUCACAAUCUCAUGCUAGAGUGAGUAAAAUGGCUCGUUAGACAAGAUGCAAACCUUCACUUAGAAAUAUUGAACAAUAAUAUAUAAAAUAGAAUUGAAUCAGCA